UUAGGGGCCGUGAGGCUUCACCGGUCCCCCUUUGGACUGAGGUGGCACUCCAUCCUCACUGCCUGAGACUGGUACCUUACUCCCCCUUCUACUCAGCCUGUCUCUUACUCAGCUGUGCCUCCUGUUUCCCUCCAUCCUCGGGAAUGGGAGCUGAGCAAAUGGCCCAGGCUGCUUCCAUGGUUCUCCUGUGGUCUCGAUGGCUUAGGUGGAAUGUAGUUCCUCUAGCUACACCUCCACCCAUCCCCCCAACAGACUGAGAAACCCUAACUCUUGGGGCUCCUGGAUUCUCGGAGUUUCCACUGCAUUCUGCAGCCUGGAGGGCAGAGGGGGGGUGGAGUUGCUCCGAAGAGGGGUGGACAUAACUACAGCUUUAGCCUCCUGCCUCUGAUCCAGCGGUCUAUCUUUAUUCCUGAUGGAUCCUCCAAACCUGAUCAUCUCCCUACCUGUCGCCACCAGCUUCCCCUCUGAUCACAGAAUCCCACACCUCAGACUACAGCACUUAACCCCAAGUGAAUGCACUGGUCCUUCUGCCCCCAGAGGUUCUGGCACAACAUUCAGGGAGUAUAGCUUUAGGAUUUUGUCUGGUUCUGAUUUUGUUCCUGCCAAGCCCCAGCCCCUGAGCUCCUGGCACCAGUGUUGGGGAACUACUUCCUGGCUAUGGGUCAGCUCUCGGUUGGCUGGUGUACCAGACAGGGAAGUUGCUAUUUCCUGUGGUGGGAUUUUUGGGUCCCAGGCUGCUAUACUGAGCCCUGGAGGUCGCAGAAGCUCUUCAGGGCUCAAGAGCCAGGUAGGGAGUAUAGACUUAGCAGUGGACCCACACGUGGCUGUGGCCGUGUGUGAAGAAGCUGACGGCAGCCUGCCCUUCACAGAAGGAGGACUGGCUGCUGAGAGCUUUGCUUCCCAGAGGAAGUCACAGAUAGCAGACUUGCUUGCUCCUGACACUCAUCAUGACCAUGAGAUACUGCCGGACAGCAGACCCCAGUCCUUGGUGGGUCCUGCUUCUGUAUGUCCCUGUCGUCAUCAUGGCCAGAGCCACAUCUGCACCUCAGACAACUGCCACUGUCUUAACUGGGAGCUCAAAGGACCCAUGCUCUUCCUGGUCUCCAGCAGCUCCAGCUAAGCGGUACCCAGCCCUGGACGUGACCUGGCCAAAGGAAGAAGUGCCACUGAAUGGAUCGCUGACCUUGUCCUGUACUGCCUGCAGCCGCUUCCCCUAUUUCAGCAUCCUCUACUGGCUGGGCAAUGGUUCUUUCAUUGAGCAUCUCCCAGGCCGGCUGAGGGAGGGUCACACAAGUCGGGAGCACAGGAAUACAAGCACCUGGCUGCAGCGGGCCUUGGUUCUGGAGGAGCUGAGCCCCACCCUACGAAGUACCAACUUCUCCUGUUUGUUUGUGGAUCCUGGACAGGUGGCUCAGUAUCACAUCGUUCUGUCCCAACUCUGGGCUGAAGAUAUUUCCCUCCCCUUCUCAAGAAGCCCUCUCCAGUCACAGCCCAGGACCCUCGUCAGCAGGGCCAGGGGGUGGUCUGGAGCCUCUGAGACCUUAGCCGAGCAACAGGAGCAGGAGCUCCGCCUGCACUCACCAUGACUCUCAGAAGCUGGCAGGUUUCCAACUUCGGCAGCAUCCACACUCGGCGCUGACCACAACCUGCACUGGUUUCAUUCCUUAUGGAUGGAUGGUUUUAUGUUUCUUUUUGACCCAGUGCACUGUUAUCAAGGGAUGGGACCAUGGCUGCUUCAGAUCACACUUUUAUCUAUCUCGGCACAGUCUGUCAUGAAUAAAGCUACAGCAUUUCAA